GUAUAUCCUCCACAAUACGUGGAUAUCUUGGUUAUUCCAUGGACAUGGAUAUGUGGAUAACACGUAAAUAUCCCAGGGGGUACAAACUCCUAUUCUAGAUAGGAGACAUGUAUACAGUAGUGCCAUCUGUCUCUGGACUCGGAUGUAGUUGAACUAAAAUAGAUCACGUGAUACGGAGUGGGAGUACGCGCCAACCCAAAGAAUAUCUCAUUAUUUUUUGACGCCAACCGAGCAAGUCUCAGCAAGUCAAAGUAAACCCAAGUGAGUGAGAGUGAGCAAGAACGAGCAAUAAAAACAAGGGUAAUUAUCAAUAUAAUUAUCUAUCAUUUUUUGGCACCAAUCCAAAGAAUAUCUCCUUAUUUUUUGGCGCCAACUGAGCAAGUCUCAUCAAGUCUAAACAAACCCAAGUGAGUGAGAGUGAGCAAGAACAGGCAAUAAAAACAAGGUUAACAAAAAUGGUGUGGAAAUGUUGCGUGCCGGGAUGCACUUCAUCAGCAAGAGUCCCGAGUCAUAAGCUUCCCACCCAACAUAUUAAAAUGCAGGCUUGGUUAAAAACAAUCGGAUUAGACAACUUGAUAAAUGCACCGAAAAAUGUUACAGCUAAAUUAAGAAUUUGUACUUUACAUUUCCCCGAAGAGAUGAUAAAACCAUAUGGGCAGAAGCGAUGUCUCAAAGACAAUGCAAUGCCAAUAUUGUUUUUAAAUGCAAAUGUGGCAGAUGGUGCCAAUAUCAGUUUUACUGAUAAUGGUACUAUUGCUACAUUGCAACCUUUGGAUGAUGUUGAAGACAAUUCUGAUUUUGUGCCAGUAGCAUCAACGUCAACAGCCGAAGAAGUACAAUUUAUUAAUAAAAUAGAAUACACGAACAUCACUAAAGACAUUGUUCCAAGAAGAAUCACCCAGCUUCGAGCCAAAGUACGACGCUAUAGAAAACUGCUGUCCAAAAGGAACAAAACCAUUUCCAAAUUUAAAGAAAAGGGAAAGGAUAUACGUCGUCGCAGAACUUGGAAAGAUGUUACUGCGAAUUUGUCCGGCGUUCAAAAAACAUUCUUUGAGAUGAUUUCUCGUAAUUUUUCUCAUGCACCAGAGGAAAAUAAGGCUCUCAAUGCCUCUAGGAAAGCAAGGUUCUCAUUUGUCCCAUCAAUAUUAAUAUCAUUGAAUGACAAAUGUGAUAACAAAAAAAGUAAUAAUUACUUUGUGGAAGAAAUGCAAACGGUACGGAUGGGCGACAUUCAGAAAUCCGUUAUGCUAGAAGAAGUGAGUUUCACUGUAACUGUAACUUGGUUUUUUUUUCUUGCUAUCGGUGUUUUGUAUCUGCUCGAUUUCUAUUGUCAAUCUGUUUUCAUGUUAACAAAUUUUGUUAUAUAUUUGUGAUAUUCCGUCAUCUUAUAUAAUACCUUGCAUGAAAUUUUGAUAUGCCUUUUGCUGGCACAAUUUAUUAACUUUGAAAUUUGUUCAAAUAAUACAUUCAUGCUUGAGUGGAGAUAAAAUUAGAAAAAAUAAAUAUUACAAAUAUGAAAUAUUUUAAUUUUAUAAUAUGUUAACACAAUAUUCCAUUAUGUAAUUAUAACCUUUUAUUUCUUUGCGUGAUUUUUCAGCACAUUUUUUUGAGAAAAUUCUGUCUACGCAUGCACGAAUAUUAAUAUUUUUAGUGUAGAAGAAACCACAUCUGAUUGCUAAUUAUAAUUUGUUAAUAUAAAGAUAUACCGAAAACUGAAA